AUGAACUCGUGGGACGCGGGCCUGGCGGGGCUGCUGGUGGGCACGAUGGGCGUCUCGCUGCUGUCCAACGCGCUGGUGCUGCUCUGCCUCCUGCACAGCGCCGACAUCCGCCGCCAGGCGCCGGCGCUCUUCACCCUCAACCUCACGUGCGGCAACCUGCUGUGCACCGUGCUCAACAUGCCGCUCACGCUGGCCGGCGUCGUGGCACAGCGGCAGCCGGCCGGCGACCGCCUGUGCCGCCUGGCCGCCUUCCUCGACACUUUCCUGGCCGCCAACUCCAUGCUCAGCAUGGCCGCGCUCAGCAUCGACCGCUGGGUGGCCGUGGUCUUCCCGCUGAGCUACCGCGCCAAGAUGCGCCUCCGCGACGCCGCGCUCAUGGUGGCCUACACGUGGCUGCACGCGCUCACCUUCCCUGCGGCCGCGCUCGCCCUGUCCUGGCUCGGCUUCCACCAGCUGUACGCGUCCUGCACGCUCUGCAGCCGGCGGCCCGACGAGCGCCUGCGCUUCGCCGUCUUCACAGGCGCCUUCCACGCGCUCAGCUUCCUGCUGUCCUUCGUCGUGCUCUGCUUCACGUACCUCAAGGUGCUCAAGGUGGCCCGCUUCCACUGCAAGCGCAUCGACGUGAUCACCAUGCAGACGCUGGUGCUGCUGGUGGACAUCCAUCCCAGUGUGCGGGAACGCUGUCUGGAGGAGCAGAAGCGGAGGCGGCAGCGUGCCACCAAGAAGAUCAGCACCUUCAUAGGCACCUUCCUCGUAUGCUUUGCCCCCUACGUGAUUACCAGGCUGGUAGAGAUCUUCUCCACGGCGCCCAUCGGCCCCCACUGGGGGGUGCUGUCCAAGUGCUUGGCCUACGGCAAGGCCGCCUCGGACCCUUUCGUGUACUCCCUGCUGAGACACCAGUACCGCAAAAGCUGCAGGGAGAUUCUGAACAGGAUCCUCAACAGGCGCUCCAUCCGCUCCUCGGGGCUCACAGGUGACUCUCACAGCCAGAACAUCCUGCCGGUGUCCGAGUGAAGGACCACGCUCCGCGGAGGCUUUAGGAGGAGGGGGCUGGAGAAGGGGGAGAGGGGCUGGGCCUCUGCCGUCCCCCGCAAGCCCGAGUUCUGUUUCCCAGGCUCGCAGGGGCCCUGGAGCCUGCUCUCUGGCUCCUCAAGGGCAGAGGUUGGAUUGUCCCGUUAUCACCAAAGGAUGGUCACGGGCCCCGCUCAGGCCUUUCUUCCCGAGAGGCCCCCAGGGGACGACAGGGUGGUCACUGUCAAGGAUGCAGAGUGCUGGUGGCAGUGGAGAGCAGGCAUCCACCUGCUUGCUGACCACUGGAGGUGGGGUUCCUCGCAGAGGAAGAGGGACGGUCUCCAUGGGACGUUUCAGGCCUGCCCACACUGAGGCUACAGUGGCCUGUGGCCCAGACCUAGUGACUCCUCUCCACUUGGUAGUGGUGGCUGCUUUAACCCAAAAAUUAUCCAGCUGGAACCCUUAGCAGGGACCCCUGGACUUUGCACCUGAGGGGAAAGAGUUUGACACCUGGUGGCCACCUGAGGGC